GUUAAGACUUUGGUAUACUAGACUGAACUCAUACAGAAUGCAUACUUCCAGUAGUGACGACCCCAGCUACAGCCAAAGCUCUCCACCUCGGGGGCGCAGGGCACGAUGGAAAGGAGUAUACCGAGGACAUUGGGGGGUAGCAGACAGCUGUUCAUUCAGCGGGGUGCAACAUAAUUCUGAAGAGCAACAACCGGGGGAAGCCAAAAAGGAAAACAGAGUUAUAGUCCUGUAUCUGGAUCUCUCUUUUCUCUUACUUCUAGAACUCAAGAAGAUGAGUAUGACACGAGGCUGCCUACUCUGCAUCAAAAUCACCAUGUUCAUCUUUAACCUCAUCUUCUGGCUUGGAGGAUGCGGUAUUCUUGGAGUUGGGGUUUGGCUGGCGGUUACUCAGGGGAAGUUUGCCACCCUCUCCAUUUCUUUCCCCUCGUUGUCUGCUGCCAGCCUCUUCAUGGUGACAGGGUCGGUGAUAAUGGUGGUUGGGUUCAUUGGCUGCUUGGGCGCAGUGACCGAACACCGCUGCCUCCUGCUCACGUUCUUUGUAGUGCUGUUGAUCAUCUUUCUUCUUGAAAUAAUCAGCCUGGUCCUGUUUUUAGCCUACAAUGACAAUUUUCACAGUUAUGCGCAAGAAGACCUAAAGAAAGGACUAGCACUGUAUCAAACAAAAGAUAAUCUAGGACUAACGAAUGCCUGGGACAUAGUGCAGACUGAGUUCCGUUGCUGUGGAGUGAAGAAUUACACUGACUGGCUGGAAAUGAGGAACAGCACUACUGUGCCUCAUUCUUGCUGCACAGAGCACAGUGCAUCCUGCCAGAGCAACCCCGGCACUUGGUGGACAGAGCCGUGCUACCAGAAAGUGAAGAAGUGGGUUGAGAGUAAUAUUUCCUCGGUGGGGAUCUUCGGCAUAUGCAUUUUUGUUGUACAGGUGUUCGGUCUGAUCUUCUCUAUGUUGAUGUACUGCCAAGUUCUCAAGGCGGAAAAGUAUUAUGAAUAAUCCCAGAUGUUUGCAAGUUUUUAAGAUGAUCCAGAGGCUGAUGUUCCACUUUCCAGAGUGAAUGCCAUCUUUGUCUGCUGGAUCAAAGACUGUUUCUUCAUGCUUCUCGGGCCCUGUAUGGUUGUUCUCGGCUACAGUCCUCUGUACAGAGACCCAUGUCCGUUUCUGUUCACCUUACCUGCUGACUGAACCAUUACCAUUGAAAGUAUCUCCUACAUA